AUGAUGCUUGAUGAGAUAAUCAAUUAUGUGCAGUCCUUGCAGAACCAAGUUGAGUUUCUGUCAAUGAAGCUUGCAUGUGUGAAUCCAAUGAUGUUUGACCUUUCAGAUGACUAUGAUUGUCUAGUCAAUCAAACAGAGCUAAUGCCAUUCUCUUUGCUACAACCAACCCUUGAUCAGGGCACAUGUAAAGGGUAUGAAACCAUGAUGAACCAUCCUCCAGUACUGUUACAGAAUCAAGGAUCCUUUUUCCUCUCUCAGGAAAAUGUUAGUUUUUUGAAGCAAAUUCCAGAUGAGAGACAAGAUCUAAUUCUCAACAAUAUAGUUCUGAACAACAACAUGUGCUUGUUUCAGCAUGGAAGCAAGGGAGAGGGCCCGUAUUAAGACAUGGAGAUGAAGGCAUGGGAGCAUGGAAAACACCAUUGGUACUGCAAGAAGCAGAGAAGAACUCUAAGAUCUGGGUUUAUAUAUAUAAGAGAGUGGGGGUUGUUAUGGAAGAGAAAAUGGAAGAAGCUAUAGAGUGCUUUGGGGAGUGAAGCUAGCUAGUUUGAUAGGUAGUGGUAGCACAAGAUUGUAGAGAGAUUGUGAUGUAGUUGGGUAGAGUUACAUGAAGAUGAUGAGUA